CAGCAUCACUUUACAAAACGGAACCCGUGCCCUGACGCGGAUCUCUCUCCCUCCUCCCACCACCGUGCUCCCAUCGGAUCCGAAACCCACGCGAAAAAUUCGGGCCGGGAAAAAUCGCGAGGAAAGGGAACGCGCGGAAGCGAAACACGGGCUCGGUUUCGGCCGCUCGAGACGAAACCCUAACCCUAGCUCCGCCCCGCCCGCCGCCGUCGCACCUCGCCGGAGGCCUCCCCCGACAACGCCGCCUCCGCCGGGGGCUCCGGCGGGGAUGCGCCCCUCCCCGGACGAGGCGUUAUGAGCGGGGACAUGGCCCGCGCCGAGGUCUCGCCCGAGGGGGCGGCCCCUGGCUUCGGGGUUGACCUUUACGAGCAGGCCACGAAGGCGCUGGCCCUGCGGACGCCGUUCGAGGGCGAGGAGGUGCCGCCUAGGAAUCCCACGCUGCCCGCGCGGCUUGUGAGCUGGGCAGGGCCGGGGGACGGGCGGAAGAAGCAUAAGAAGGCUCAGCCUCCUCCGGGAGCGGCUGCCGCGGAGCAUCCGCCGCAGGAAGCUGUAGCGCGCCCUGCAAAGGCUGGCGCGUGGGAGCAGUUCGAGGCGUAUUUCCGUCCAGUAACCUUGGAUGAUGUAGAAAUGUUAAGGCCAAAGUUCCCAUUCGGCUACAGCAAGCUCGACUCAUGUAUGCUAAUACCAUUUCUGGGCAGUGGCAAGGAACUAAUGAACAAGGUUGAGACAUUUGACGUUGCUGUCACUGAAACAAGCUCAUAUUUGGGUGUGGGCGGUGAAGAAGUGAUCAGUAAGAGAGAGCGUGGUGAGCAAAAUGUGCAUCUGGUUAAUCAGAAAGAGAGGAGCGAACAAAGCGUGGAGCAGGACAUACAUGACGUGGUUGUGCAGCAGAUGGUCAGUGACAAAGAGUUAAAUAGGCAAGGCAGAGAACAGGGAAUACAUGAAGUGUCUGUACAACUGGGAGAGCGAGCAUUUGAAGUGUAUGAAGCUGGGAGCAGCGGUGGCAUUGUGUCAGCACAAUGUGUUGAGGAGGAAGGAACUUCACUUAAUUGGUUGCUAUGCGCAAAGGGUCGGUUUGUGCUCACUUCAGAGCGACCCAACAAGAAGAGAAAGCUUUUGGGUGUGGAUGCUGGGUUAGAGCAGCUUGUUCUUCUUCCACGCUUGGGAGCUGAGGUGUCUUCAAGUUGCGAUGUUUGCUGUCUAGGAGAGAGUGCCAUGAUGUCCAAUAGGAUAGUUAACUGCAGCAACUGCAAGGUGUCAGUGCACCAGAAGUGUUAUGGUUUGCAUGCUGUGCCAGAUGGGCAAUGGUUGUGUGCUUGGUGUACAUAUUUGGAGUCGACAGGGUCAUUGAAUAAAGAUGCCGGCAGCACCCAGUCAGUGCGUUGUGUUCUAUGCCCAAAGGACAAAGGCGCUCUUAAACGUGUUAAAGUGGAGCCUACGCAAAAUGCAGGUGUUGGCCACCUAAAAUUUGUGCACUUGUUUUGUAGUCUCUGGACUCCAGAGGUUGUUGUGGAGGACAUGGAAUCAAUGGAGCCUGUAACUAAUCUCAGAAAUGUCCAAGAGAAUCGGAUGCAGUUGAUGUGCAGUAUUUGCAAGGUUAAGCAUGGUGCAUGCGUUCGAUGUAGCCAUGGGACAUGCCGUACGGCAUUUCAUCCUAUAUGUGCAAGAGAUUCAAAGCAUCAAAUGGAGAUAUGGGGGAAUUCUGGACAUCCUAAUGUUGAGUUGAGAGCAUUUUGCUCAAAGCAUUCUGCAGUUGGAUACAUCAGCUCCUUAGAGAAUAGUAACAAUGCUUCUGAACAGAGUCCUACAGAAUCCAGGCCAAAUAAUACAAAUCUCAUCACUGGAAAAAUUCCAAAACUAAGAUUCACACGGAAAAACAAGGACAAAUUCAUGAACUGUGAAACGGAAACCAGUACUUCUAGCUCUGGUAACCUGAUCAGAGUAGAGACUAUCGAACAAGGUGAUUUGCCUCAUACGGUUAGAAAUGCAAAUGCUCAACCAAUCGGAAGCUGGGAAACAGAUACUCCCUCUGUUGGUGGGGAUCAUAUGAGAAGUUCUGGUGAUAUUGCUGCAGUGCUGAGAAAGCCAAUUGACAGUGGAGAUGUUAGUGUUGAUGAUAUAGCAUCUGAAGUUGGUAUUUCUUCGGAAUCCUUGGAAGCUGCUCUCGUGGGUGAAACUACCACCUUUUCCCAUGGUUUGAAGCUGAAAAUCAUCAAGUGGCUCCAAAAUUCUGCGCAUAUGCAUGCUGGCCAAGGAAGUGCUCUUAAAGGGAGUUCAGUGGUGGUGCAAGAUGACAAGCCAGAUGGAUCUGAUGCCACACAAACUGUUGAUGUGAAAUGUCCAUUGGUUCCAGAUGAUGACAAAGGUGCACUUGUUGAUGCGUUGGAUUCUGCUGUAAUCAAACCCUCACCAACAAGAUCCAAAAGCAACAAUAAGGUUCUCAAAGAUAAAAGCGCAACAUGUGCAACUGGUGCGAUCAUUUUCCAAAAUGGGAACAAAAAUAUGGUUAAAGAAGGGGCUAAUCUUGAGCGCUCUCCUGCUGAAGAAUUUGAAAAAGAAUCUGAGUUUUCCCCAAUCGGCAGCAAGGAUGUUUCAGAAGAACAGGGAAAAUUGAUACUGAACACCUCCUCUGGAAAUAAAGAAUUUAGUACUUCCACGGAGAUACCAAAUGAAAAUCCAGGUGUAUUACUUGGAAGGAAAAUUAAUGAUUUGACAGAGGCUGAACUUGGAUCAGAAUUGGAGGAAGGAGUAUCUUCACCGGAUCAUAGUUUUUCUCAGGGUUUUAAUGCUAAAAAUGGGGUAAAUUCAGUUGAAAAUGGCAUCGGUACUCCACGCGACUGUGAUCCAAAUUGCUUUCAUGGACAACCUUUUUUCAACUUUGAUGAUUCACGUUCUUAUAUUCAUCCGUUAAUAAAGAAAAAGAUGGCUCAUCAUUGGGACAUUACUUUCAAGCAGAAUAGUGAGGCACCAUAUUAUCAUGAGGAACCAUCAUAUCCAUCUCAUGAGAAAGCAUCUGUUGAUUCCUUGGUAAAACUUGAGGAUACAACUGAAACAACUGCCACAGAUCAAGUUUUGAACUCAAGAUCCUUGAAAAUUCUUGAGCAUUCACCUGAUGAUGAAGUAGAAGGAGAGAUGGUAUACUUACAAGCUAGGCUGCUUGACAAUGCUUUUGUUCUGAAGCACAGAUAUGAAAAAUUGAUAGCAAAAGUUGUCCAGAAUCUUUCUCGCGAGCUGGAUGCUUUCAGUAAAAGGAAAUGGGACCUUAUUCUUGUACAUCAGUUUCUUCGUGAUGUUAGAGAAGCUAAGAAACGUGGGAGAAAAGAAAAGCGACAUAAGGAAGCACAAGCUGUACUAGCUGCAGCUGCAGCUGCUGUGGCAUCCUCCUCACGCACUUCAACCAUGAGAAAAGAUGUAAAGGAGAAUGCGGCACCUGUUAAUCAAGAGAGUUCUCCAAAACUUGCUGCUGGAUCUGCAAGAGUUGGCCAGCGGACUUCUUCGUUGCCACGGACUAAGGAUCCACCAAAGUCAUCCAACAGCAAAGUAUCACCUGACAACAAUUUCGGGAGUUUUCAUAUGCCAAUUUCCUCAAAAGAAAAUCCACUCUACUGUGAUGUAUGCAUGCGAACUGAGACUGUGUUGAACCGAAUAUUUGUCUGCUCCAGAUGCAAGGCUGCUGUCCACAUAGAUUGCUACAGAAAUCUGUACAAUUCUGUUGGCCCCUGGAAUUGUGAAUUUUGUGAAGAUGUUUCAUCAGAAGCUGCUACCAUUAGUGAUCAAUCGGAUUGUAAUGGCAGGAAGGUACCCUUUGCACGGUGUGGUGUGUGUCAUGGCACAUCUGGUGCUUUUAGAAAGACUGCAGAUGCACAGUGGGUUCAUGCUUUUUGUGCCGAGUGGUUGUUGGGCACCAAGUAUGUGAGGGGACAAGAUAAUCCAGUAGAAGGAAUGAAAAGCCUUGUAGAUGGAAAAGAUACUUGUUGUGUCUGCCUCCGCCGUGUCGGCAUGUGUUUAAGGUGUGAUAGUGGGGACUGCCACAUUACUUUUCAUCCUACUUGUGCUAGAAACUCUGGUUUCUACAUGAACACAAAAGGGUUUGGUACUACAUCACAGCACAAAGCAUAUUGUGGCAAACACAGUGUACAACAGAAAGUGGUUGACGCGCAGCAAUAUGGACCUGAGGAGCUCAAGACCAUGAAACGGAUGAGGGUUCAAUUGGAAAAGUUGCGUCUGUUGUGUGAGAGGAUAAUUAAGAGAGAGAAGGUGAAGAGAGAGACCGUUCUGUGUGAUCAUGACAUACUUGCCAAAACAAAGGACACUGUUGUUUUCUCCUAUCUUGCAUCUGGAGCAAGUUCAGAAUCUGCCACUACUUCAGUUAAUAACAAAUCAUACAGUGGAACCGUGCAAAGAUCUGAUGAUGUCACAGUGGAUAGUACUAUUUCUGGGAAAAAGACCAUAAGGUUUUCUUUGAAUAACAGAGAUGCUGAGAGAAACACUGCUGAUAGCUCGAGAACAUUGAUAUCAUUCAAACGCAAGUUGGGUGAGAGGGGAUCACAUGCUGGUAAGCAACUUCCGCAGAGACUAGCUACUGCCUCACAAAAACUAGGAGGAGAGAAGACAAAAGAUAAGAGGGAAUCGUUUCAAAAGGAGCUUGUUAUGACAUCUGAUCAAGCUUCGACACAGAACCAACGCCUUCCUAAGGGAUAUGUUUAUGUUCCUCGGGACUCUUUAUCUAAAGAGAAGCCAUCGAAUAGAAAUACACAGGCCCAUAAUCCACAAGAGCCUGGUGGAUAGGAUCAGUUGAGAUCAAGCUGGUUCAUUUCUCUCAUUGGAAGGCCAAAAAAACAUUUGCAAGCUUGGUCUUCACAUCUGAAAACCACGAGCGGCAUGCGGGGUCGGCCAGUGCUAUUGCCGCAAGGAUUACAGACAAGCAGUGAUCUUUUUGGACCCAAGUUGUACAAUGGUGCAGACUGAGUUAUUUUGAAUGAAUGUAUGGUGUGGCACCGCUCAACAAGAAGGUUAGCCCCUGCCCAGGUAACUUGGACGAAUGGCAAUAUGGGUGGAUUCACCUGCCUGGGCUAUACAAAAGAGAGCCUGUCAACAGUAUAUAUGGAAUGUUGUUUAGGGCGCAGGUUUUGUAAAAUUGCUCUGUACAUUCUUUCCAUUUCCAAAUGUUAGUUUAGUUAUGCAGAAGGAAAAAAAUACCAAUCCUUUUUGGUUGCACAAGAAAAGUUACUUGGUCUAUUAGCAUGGGUCACGACAAACUGCAGUGGUGUUGACCACAGCAUUUGGACAGAAGCGUUUGCUUGAUCCAUGUUAGUGGUAGGGAUGGAGACUGCCCAAAAUUAAGGUCCAGCUACUACUGUUUGGUAGCUAGUUCUGCUAGUGAUAAGCGGUAUCGUACAGGCUGAGGCAUUAUCUAGCAGAUUGCUGAGAGUUUCUUUUUCUUUUCUUUUGGGAAAUAGUGGUCUCUUUACAUGUUCAAAAGAUUAUCUGAUUUUGUAGAUGUCAAGAUAACAGCAAUGGGGAAGUUUACCUGUAAAUUCUUAGGUUGAGUAAGGUAUGGUAGUUAAUUUUUGAUCUUACAUGUGGAUUCAAAGAUAUUGAUCUGAGACAGGCCUUUUCUGCUUGCCGUCCAGAUUGUAACCUUGGUUAAGCAUUUUUAUGUGCAAUGUUGAUUGCGUACUGUCGGCAGUAGCCGCACAGGCAAUUCAAACAAUUGUUCAGACUGUA